GCCUCGCGAUUGGCUGGCCGGCCCGGUGCGCCGCAGUCCCGGCUGUGCAGCUGCUUUUUUCCUUUCCAGAGGCGAUUCCUGAGGUGCGGAUCAGCUGUUUUGAAGAGCGGAGGGAGGGCGGAAGAGGAAGAAGGCCCCCUCCCCUUUCCCUUGGCUUCUUUCCCUGAGGCGGCGCUGACGGAGGAGAGCGUCCUCUCCGUCUCCAUCUCCCGGAACAAAGGCACCUGCCUGCCUGCCCCUUUCUCCGCGGAGAGAUGGCGUCUUUCAACCUCGGGGGACUCCAUUCCUCCUCCUCCUCCUCCUCCCGGAGGAAAAGCGUCUAUUCCCGCAACGCCACCGUCGAGAGGCGGAACCUCAUCACCGUCUGCAGGUUUUCUAUCAAAACACUUAUUGAUCGAUCCUGUUUUGAAACUAUUGAUGAUUCUUCUCCUGAAUUCAACAAUUUUGCAGCCAUUCUGGAACAAAUUCUAAGCCAUCGCCUUAAAGGUCAAAUCAGUUGGUUUGGCUAUGAAAGCCCUCGUAGCUUCUGGGAUUAUAUCAAAGUGGCUUGCCGCAAGGUUUCACAUAACUGCAUCUGUAGCAUUGAAAAUAUGGAAAAUGUUGGUUCUUCAAGAGCUAAGGGAAGAGCAUGGAUCAGAGUAGCACUGAUGGAAAAGCACUUGUCCGAAUAUAUUUCAACAGCUUUGCGAGACUUCAAAACAACCAGAAGAUUCUAUGAAGAUGGAGCAAUUGUAUUGGGAGAAGAAGCAAACAUGCUUGCUGGUAUGUUGCUGGGACUCAAUGCUAUCGAUUUCAGCUUCUGCCUCAAGGGUGAAGGUUUGGACGGUAACUAUCCAGCUGUGAUAGACUACACACCAUACCUGAAAUUCACCCAAAGUUCUGAUAGCAUCAGUAGUGAUGAGGAAGAGCUAAGAACACUGGGCAGCAGUGGCAGUGAAAGCAGCACACCAGAAAAUAUUGGUCCUCCAUUCAACAUGGAUGAGAACACUUGGUACAACAAAUGCAAACGGGUUGAACAAAAAUACCGACUUACACUGGAACAAAAGGGUUAUCUAGAAGAGCUAGUACGCCUUAGAGAGACUCAGCUGGCUGAAUCCAUCUCUCAGAAGAAGCUAUUACGGCAGAAGAUAGAAGCUAUGAAUAUGGCCCAUAAAACAGAAAAAGAGCAACUAGAAUACAUCAUUGUGGAACUGCAGGAUCAACUAACUGUGCUAAAGAAUAAUGAUUUAAGAUCAAGACAAGAAUUAACUACCCAUCUCACCAAUCAGUGGCCUUCCCCAGGAGUUCUGGAUGUUAAUGCUGUUGCCUUGGAUACGCUACUUUAUCGAAAACAAAAUAAGCAAUGGGAUGAAAAGAGCUUUCACAGCCUGGACCAGCUCUCAGCUGAUGUUAGCCUAUCUCAAACAUCUCUGGAUCCAAGCCAUUCACAAGAUGAAGAUAUAAAACAGAGUGGACUGAAUUCACUUAGUGAAGGAAAAGAAGACACCCCUUCAUUACUUGGCCUCUGUGGUUCUCUGACUUCAGUAGCAAGCUACAAAUCUUUAACAAGUUUGAAAUCAAGUGAAUAUCUCGCAAGCCCUACGACAGAGAUGACAAGUCCUGGACUAACUCCUUCUUGAGCAGAUAUACGCAGAGAAGGCCAUUUGUGUUUGCAUUCAGUUGGCAUGCCUGGAUUUAUCAACUGUCAAGGCUCACAGAAAGUCAACUCAGCUUUAACUAAAAUGCUACCUGUCUUUUUUUUGUUUUUGUUUUGUUUUUUUGCAGUUAUCUUGGAAAGGAACAUUCUUAGGUAUGCAUUUGUUGACUGCUUAAUAAUAUCUAGUCUCCUGUUGAAUGUAUUGUACAAUUAAGAUUAAGAAUCUCCUAAGCAAGGAUGGACAUAAUUAUUUUAAGUCCUGGAAUUUGUCUUUUGUGUAAGACUUACUGAUACUCAUAUUGAUGUCCAAAGGACUUUACUGUACUUUUCUAAGGUAUGCCAGUGAUGACUUGAAAAUGGAUGUGUUUGAAUUUACUGAAAAAGCAAAAAUAUUGUGUGCUAUUAUGAUGAAUUUAAAGAUGAAACUAGAACAAUGGCAACCAUUAGUUCUACAUAAAUUUUCCCACUAUACUGUACAGCUGUUUUAAUUUUUGUUGGGUCAAUGAAUUAUUAUUGUCAUCAGCAUCAUACUCCUAUUUAGCACCUUGAUGUAAGCCCUCCACAAGCAUAAAGGGGCAUACUGGUGGCAGAGGUAUCAGUGCACGUGUAAGACCAGCCUUCAAAGCUUACUGUGCAUAUAACUGCUUCUAAGACUUCCAUGUUUUAAGUCUGAAGUUAUUAAUAGGGCCAUGUUCCAUAUCACAGUAGCUCUGUAAAUGUGUUCAACAGAGUGCAGUUAUGGAGCCUUAUCCAAACCCACAAGCUCAGUGUGUUGGGUCUGGGAAGCUGCUGGCUGUGUAACUUACAUUCAGUGUGGAGAAUUACAUGCAGACCCACACUCCUGCUCCCAGUUUAUUCCUGCAGAGGCCUAUAGUGAACUCAUCUGCAAUAUUAAAAGGAAAAUUCAGAGAUGCCUUCCAAAUUGCUGACCUCAAACUAAAUCUUAAGUUAGAGGUUGGAAGUGUUUACUGAGGAAGACACAUAUCUCCAAACAGAAAAUGUCACAAUGGAUUUUUAUGUAAAAGUUUUUGUGAAAUACUUUGCAGACUUCUUUCUGCUUGCUUUGUAGUUAAAAAAACAAACAGGUACAACCUGUCCAGUUACAGUAAACUUUAUUUUAUUGUAAAACAUGCAAACAAUGUAUAUAUUUGUUUCAAGUUCUGCAGUUUAAUUUUUGAAGUGCAAUUCUCUUUACAGUGAAACUGCUAGCUCCUAGCCUUACUGGGAAUGGUUAUCUGUAGUAAUCACCAGGUUAUUUUGUGCAGAAGCAUUGAUACACAUAGGGCCUCUGAAACUGAUGACUUUAAAGAAAUACUUUACUGUGCCAAAGAAAUUUUACAUUUUGUUUACUAGUAUGUAAAAACAUCUGAGAAUCUUAAAAAUACAGCUAAAUUUGAGAUGGACAGUAUGAAGACAUACCAUUUUUUUCAUAGAGGUGUUUCUUGUAAACCUGCUAUAAAAUUUGAUUGGGGUGAUUAAGAGACAAAUUAGAAAUUUACUAUGUUAAAUAUGUGCUGUUUUAAAUUUUGAAACAAAGCAGCACUCUUGCUCUGCCAGAAUGUAUACACUGGCUACUUGGAACAUGCAUGUUAACAACAUUCAAAAGCACGAGAAACAAAACUAAUCUGUGCAGGUAAGCUUCCAGAAGUGUGUACAGUAAUAUUAGCAGGCUGUAUGUGAAAACUUUCUUGGGCUAAGAGGAUUACUUUGUUAUACCUGUUAUUAAUAGGUUGGCAAAGCUAUAAUGAAAGUCUUUUGGGGAACAUUUGUAAAGUCUAGAAUGUGUGUGUGUGUGUGUGAAACCAGGUGAUUUGAUAUUUGUGCAUGAAAAGGUAACUACUAUCUUGAUUUCCAAACCUUGCUAAACUUUGAGAAUUCAAAAUAAAGCAAAUUGUGAAUACUUAUUGCCCUGCUACAUCAAAUACUGCAUGUGCAUUAAAUUUUUUGUAUUAUU